UCUUUGACGGAGUUAUCAACCGGAGCGUUGAUUGACCCUAAGUUUCCAAAAAUAUAAGCCUCUCAACCCUUGGAAUGUUGAUCAAAAUAUACGUCAAUAAGUGAUUAUAAGCAGGCGCAUUGUGGGGCCUGCACCGGCGCCGGCGCAGCUCUAUAAGUCUAUAAAGUUCAUCGUCAGUUCGCAGCGGACGGUGGCGGGGCUCGCGCGCAUCUCGCUCUCGCGGAACCGAUAUAGAACCAUCUCGCCUCACGUCCCAGUGAUACACUAAAACGAACAAAGGGUGCUUCCUAGUUUAAUUUAGAAUUAAAAGGGCGACAUGGCGAUGCUUAGCCCGAGAGUGUGGUGGGUGUGCGUCGCACUGCUGGUGUGGACUCCGCACACAUACAGCAGGGAGUUCACGCACGAAGACAUCAGAGAAGCCAUGCUGUCCCUGGUCCACAUGAUCCGGAUGUCAGAAGACAAACUGGAACGACAUGAAUUCAGAGAGAGGACUCUUGGAGACCAGCUGAAGAAAAUGCUGAUCGGGCUUGACAAGAAACACAGAGCUCUGGAACCAUUGAAAGGGAUGAUCUCAAGACUUGACGACCGUCUGUCUAACGUGGAAACUAUACUUCUACAGAGAGAAGAACGUGAAAAGUCAUCCCAAGCGAAAAUAAAUGAAGCACUAGAAGGCAUACAGAAGGCGCUGGUGGCGUUAGCACCUGCUCCUCCUCCACCGAUAGACCUGGACAACAACCUGUCUGCCAACGACGACGCUAUUCAACGGAGGCUAGACACCACUGACGCUAAGAUCGACGCUGUCAAGAAGGAAAUCAAAACUCUGAAAAACACUUUAAAUCCGGAGACAUUCCGUUCGAUGUGCUUAGAAGCAGCUUCCGACACAAAUCCAUUUGAGAAGCACAUAUCAGAAGCUGAGAAACUUCUAAACAAAUAUGAAACGAAACUCAGUGAGUACAAUGGAACCAAAGUGCAGACCGACUUCGUACCACUGAACGAAGUGUCGCUAGCUGACGAGGCGUGGCACAGCAAGAUGAGUGAAGUGAUGGAGCGCCAAGAAAAGGAAAUAAAGAAGAUCCAGCAGUUGUUGUCUGACGCGGAGAGCAUGUGGAAGGACCUCCCGCGACUGGCCGACAUCAACCGCGCCACCAACCAGACCAUUGACACCGUCACCAAGGCCACGGAGACCAUGCUUAUUAACAAUGAAAUGGGUAAGAAAUGUCAUCCCCACAGGAAAGAUGGAUAA